CGGGCGGAGCGCGGAGGGCGCGUCGGAACCUGGCCGGGGCCCUCCACCCGCGCCGUGGUCCCGGUGGUUGCGCCCCGCGGCGAGCGGCGCCGACAACUUUGCGAUGGAGUUUGUGCGGGCGCUGUGGCUGGGCCUGGCGCUGGCGCUGGGGCCGGGGUCCGCGGGGGGCCACCCUCAGCCGUGCGGCGUCCUGGCGCGCCUCGGGGGCUCCGUGCGCCUGGGCGCCCUCCUGCCCCGCGCGCCUCUCGCCCGCGCCCGCGCCCGCGCCGCCCUGCCCCGGGCCGCCCUGGCGCCGCGGCUGCCGCACAACCUGAGCUUGGAGCUGGUGGUCGCCGCGCCCCCCGCCCGCGACCCCGCCUCGCUGACCCGCGGCCUGUGCCAGGCGCUGGUGCCUCCGGGCGUGGCGGCCCUGCUCGCCUUUCCCGAGGCUCGGCCCGAGCUGCUGCAGCUGCACUUCCUGGCGGCCGCCACCGAGACCCCCGUGCUCAGCCUGCUGCGGCGGGAGGCGCGCGCGCCCCUCGGAGCCCCGAACCCAUUCCACCUGCAGCUGCACUGGGUCAGCCCCCUGGAGACGCUGCUGGAUGUGCUGGUGGCGGUGCUGCAGGCGCACGCCUGGGAAGACGUCGGCCUGGCCCUGUGCCGCACCCAGGACCCCGGCGGCCUGGUGGCCCUCUGGACAAGCCGGGCUGGCCGGCCCCCACAGCUGGUCCUGGACCUAAGCCGGCAGGACACGGGAGAUGUGGGACUGCGGGCACGCCUGGCCCCGAUGGCGGCACCAGUGGGGGGUGAAGCACCGGUACCCGCGGCGGUCCUCCUCGGCUGUGACAUCGCCCGUGCCCGUCGGGUGCUGGAGGCCGUACCUCCCGGCCCCCACUGGCUGUUGGGGACACCACUGCCGCCCAAGGCCCUGCCCACCGCGGGGCUGCCACCAGGGCUGCUGGCGCUGGGCGAGGUGGCACGACCCCCGCUGGAGGCCACCAUCCAUGACACCAUGCAACUGGUGGCCCGGGCGCUGGGCAGUGCGGCCCAGGUGCAGCCGAAGCGAGCCCUCCUCCCCGCCCCGGUCAACUGCGGGGACCUGCAGCCGGCCGGGCCCGAGUCCCCGGGGCGCUUCUUGGCACGGUUCCUGGCCAACACGUCCUUCCGGGGCCGCACGGGCCCCGUGUGGGUGACAGGCAGCUCCCAGGUACACAUGUCUCGGCACUUUAAGGUGUGGAGCCUUCGCCGGGACCCACGGGGCGCCCCGGCCUGGGCCACGGUGGGCAGCUGGCGGGACGGCCAGCUGGACUUGGAACCGGGAGGUGCCUCUGCACGGCGCCCGCCCCCGCAGGGUGCCCAGGUCCGGCCCAAGCUGCGUGUGGUAACACUGUUGGAACACCCAUUUGUGUUUGCCCGUGAUCCGGACGAAGACGGGCAGUGCCCAGCAGGGCAGCUGUGCCUGGACCCCGGCACCAACGACUCGGCCACCCUGGACGCACUGUUCGCCGCGCUGGCCAACGGCUCAGUGCCCCGCGCCCUGCGCAAGUGCUGCUACGGCUACUGCAUUGACCUGCUGGAGCGGCUGGCGGAGGACACGCCCUUCGACUUCGAGCUGUACAUCGUGGGUGACGGCAAGUACGGCGCCCUGCGGGAUGGCCGCUGGACUGGCCUGGUCGGGGACCUGCUGGCCGGCCGGGCCCACAUGGCGGUCACCAGCUUCAGUAUCAACUCCGCCCGCUCACAGGUGGUGGACUUCACCAGCCCCUUCUUCUCCACCAGCCUGGGCAUCAUGGUGCGGGCACGGGACACGGCCUCACCCAUCGGUGCCUUUAUGUGGCCCCUGCACUGGUCCAUGUGGCUGGGCAUCUUUGCGGCCCUGCACCUCACCGCGCUCUUCCUCACCGUGUGCGAGUGGUGCAGCCCCUACGGCCUCACGCCGCGUGGCCACAACCGCAGCACCGUCUUCUCCUACUCCUCAGCCCUCAACCUGUGCUACGCCAUCCUCUUCGGACGCACCGUGUCCAGCAAGACGCCCAAGUGCCCCACGGGCCGCCUGCUCAUGAACCUCUGGGCCAUCUUCUGCCUGCUGGUGCUGUCCAGCUACACGGCCAACCUGGCUGCCGUCAUGGUCGGGGACAAGAGCUUCGAGGAGCUGUCGGGGAUCCACGACCCCAAGCUGCACCACCCGGCGCAGGGCUUCCGCUUCGGCACCGUGUGGGAGAGCAGCGCCGAGGCGUACAUCAAGAAGAGCUUCCCCGACAUGCACGCGCACAUGCGGCGCCACAGCGCGCCCACCACGCCCCACGGCGUCGCCAUGCUCACGAGCGACCCCCCCAAGCUCAACGCCUUCAUCAUGGACAAGUCGCUCCUGGACUACGAGGUCUCCAUCGACGCCGACUGCAAACUGCUGACCGUGGGAAAGCCCUUCGCCAUUGAGGGCUAUGGGAUCGGACUGCCCCAGAACUCGCCGCUCACCUCCAACCUGUCCGAGUUCAUCAGCCGCUACAAGUCCUCCGGCUUCAUUGACCUGCUCCACGACAAGUGGUACAAGAUGGUGCCUUGCGGCAAGCGGGUCUUUGCGGUUACAGAGACCCUGCAGAUGAGCAUCUACCACUUCUCGGGCCUCUUCGUGUUGCUGUGCCUGGGCCUGGGCAGCGCUCUGCUCAGCUCGCUGGGCGAGCACGCCUUCUUCCGCUUGGCGCUGCCGCGCAUCCGCAAGAGGAGCAGGCUGCAGUACUGGCUGCACACCAGCCAGGUGGGGACCGGGUGGGCGGCGGGCGGCCCCACCACCCCCGCCUCCUCGCCAACCGGGUCUGUCUGGGGUCUUAGAAAAUCCACCGCGCCCUCAACACGGAGCCACCAGAGGGGUCGAAGAAGGAGACGGCAGAGGCGGAGCCCACCGGCCCCGAGGUGGAGCAGCAGCAGCAGCAGGACCAGCCAACGGCUCCGGAGGGCUGGAAACGGGCGCGCCGGGCCGUUGACAAGGAGCGCCGCGUGCGCUUCCUGCUGGAGCCCGCCGUGGUCGUGGCACCCGAAGCAGACGCGGAGGCGGAGGCGGAGGCGGAGGCUGCGCCGCGAGAGGGCCCCGUCUGGCCGUGCUCCAACGGCCGCCCGCCCGCCGCAAGGCCCACGGGGGCCCCCCAGCCCGGGGAGCUGCAGGAGCUGGAUCGCCGCAUCGAAGUCGCGCGUGAGCGGCUCCGCCAGGCCCUGGUGCGGCGCGGCGAGCUCCUGGCACAGCUCGGGGACAGCACACGUCACCGGCCUCGGCGCUUGCUUCAGGCCAGAGCGGCCCCCGCGGAGGCCCCACCACACUCUGGCCGACCCGGGAGCCAGGAAUGAGGCGCCAGCCGGGCCGUUUGGGCUCAAGAACACACACAGCGCAGUGAGCCGCUGUCAACAGACAGUUUAUUCUAUAUACAAACACAAUUUUGUACACUGCAAUUAA